AGUCAUGAUUCAGUAUGUGUUUAUUGCAUCAAAGCACUAAGCUGCUGCUCUGAAAAGCCAUAAGUCCCCAAAGAUGUCCACAGGGAUGUCCUCAAAGCCACCUGUGUUGGCUGUGUCCCCUGUGUAGGUCUUCAGACUGGUCUCUUGGCUCAGGAGAGUAGUCACUUCUGUGGAGUUUAGUGGGGAGGUGAUGGGUUUUGUGGAAGAGGUGUUGGGUUUUGUGGAAAAGGUGAUGGGUUUUGUGGAAGAGGUGUUGGGUUUUAUGGAGGAGGUGAUGGGUUUUGUGGAAGAGGUGUUGGGUUUUAUGGAGGAGGUGAUGGAUUUUGUGGAAGAGGAGUUGGGUUUUAUGGAGGAGGUGAUGGGUUUUGUGGAAGAGGUGUUGGGCUAUAUGGAGGAGGUGAUGAGUUCACUACGACACGCUGCACAAACCAUCCCACCAUGGGAUACCCCACUAUGAAAUUCCUACAUGUAUUUGUCCUAAAAGAGGGAAAUAAAGGAGGAGGGCAGCAGAGCGGUUCCAGUGGGCCAUGAAUGGGGAUGGCCAUGUCUUCCUUGCUCUAAUGUUUCUCUUCUUUCUCACUCAAGCUACACUUCUGAUGAAGCAAGCCUGGCCACAGACCUCCUCCUCCUGUGCCACAGAGGGCACCUUCCACCUCCCAGUGGACACUGGGACCGAGAACAGAACCUACCAGGCUUCUUCUGCAGCAUUCAGGUACACUGCGGGGACUCCCUACAAGGUCCCACCGACCCAGAGUAACAACGCGCCUCCUCCCUACUCUCCGUCUCCGAAUCCGUACCAAACUGCUAUGUACCCCAUCAGAAGUGCCUACCCACAGCAGAACCUGUACACCCAGGGAGCUUAUUAUACCCAGCCAGUGUACGCGGCACAGCCUCACGUUAUCCAUCACACCACUGUGGUUCAGCCCAACAGCAUCCCGUCGGCCAUCUACCCGGCCCCCGUCGCUGCGCCCCGGACCAACGGCGUGGCCAUGGGGAUGGUCGCUGGCACUACCAUGGCCAUGUCAGCAGGAACCUUGUUGACCACCCCACAACACACUGCCAUCGGAGCACAUCCAGUUUCUGUGCCAACGUACCGGGCUCAAGGAACCCCCACCUACAGCUACGUACCGCCGCACUGGUAAACCCACUGGCCAAGUCAUAUCUGAAGUCAAACAUUGUAUGCAACUACACAAGUCUUACAUCGGGGCUGCAGCCACUGGACUGCAGCACCUCGUCUGUUUGCAAGAACAAAAGAAAAAAGUGCAAGGGUCACUUUAUGCAUUCUUUAGUGGUUUUUGUAAAAGCUGCUUUUUCUAAUCUUCUGCCUCUUUAUUUUCCUUCCCUCCUCCCUCUCCCCUACCCACAUCAGUCGUGUAACACAUACUGACACUGAGCAAUAGUAAAGUUCUCUCUUCGGUCCUAUCGUUUUACAGCUCAGAAUAUUCACUUUUCAGCAUUGCCCAGUCGAGUGGUGCAAAGAUCCCCACUUCUUGUUCGUUUGGGUUCUUCUCAUCCUUUUUUAUUAUUAUUAUUUUCGUUGUUGUUGUUGUUGACAAGAGCCUAGGUUUUCUUUGACUAGUAAGAGUGGUUGAUGUUCAGGGUACUAUGUGAAAAGCACAGCGCUGGUAGGCAGGCUUAUUCCAAUUUGGUUUGGGUAUUUUUAGUUGGGUAAUAUAAAUUAUUUAAUCUUCCUUAACGUAUUACAGGAAAAUUGGUGUCUUCCAGAUAGCUGUCGUGAUAGAUGAUAAUGCAUUAUCUGCAGUGAAAUGCUGAACUCAUCCCUUCUUUUGUAGGAGUAAGAAUAUAAUUAGCGACGUAACACGCUUGUUUUAGGAAGUAGGAGGACUGUUCACCAUUGGGUCUGCUUUUCAAAACUGGGCAGAGGCAUUUGGUGCAAGGGGAAUUGAGGGGCAGCGAUGCCUUUGGGAAGGUGAGAUGCUCCGUGCUGGCUGUGUCCCAGCAUGGGCAGCUCUUUCCUGGCCACUGCUAGUAGGCAGAGGUGUGCAGGGAUGCUGUGGGUGGGAGAAGAGAGAUUUCCAGACUGGAGAGGCUCUACAGAGCCUGGGGAUUUGGGAAAGGAGGUUGGAUGGAGAGGAGCCCUUCGUGGAGGUUGAGGUGCUCCCAUUCUUUGGGCUCUUUGGAUUGGGGUCAGCAAAGGUUGAGCCGAGCCCAAGUCCUGGAGACAGCUGGUUGGGCUGGGAGAUAGUGGGGGUAAGGAGCAGCAAUAGCAAUAAAGUAAUCUCCUGCAUCUGGAGGCAACAUGAGGCUGUUCCUGGGUCCUCCAGGGUGUCCCAGUCAAACGGACAGCACUUGCAGGCAGCUGGAGCUAUUUUUCAAUUCUUACCCCCAAACACAGCAUAGAAACAAAAGUUUUCCUUCUUUUUUUUUCUAAGAGAAAAAUGUAAUCAUCGUUUUGCUUUUUGAUGGUUUUCCCUCCACGUGCCAAAGUAGCUCCAUCCAUCCAUCCUUGCAAGUGGUCCCAAGGAGCCAUCCAGAGCCUUGCAAGGAAUUGGAUCCUUCUCGAUGGGAAUCAGUCCAUAAGGAGAGAAACCUUUGUAGGGACCCCAAAGGACUGGAGGCUGCUGGCUGUCAGGUCAGUGGGGGUCACUUGGUUGCUUCUUCUGCUCUUAAUGGAAACCCAGGCAAGCUCCAGUUGCCCUCGGUCAGAGGACAGAAAGGACACAAAGCGGUGAAGCCUGAACAUCAGCGCUGUGGGUGGAGGAGGUCAUGAGGGUUUCCACCACCGUAGUUCAUUGUGUUGCACUUUCAUUUUGUAUAAAACGGAGAAAAAAAGAAAAAAAAAAGUUAAAAAAAAAGAGGUAAUUAAUCACAGUGUUGCCCCCAUUUAGCUUUGGAAAGCCUCCCUGCCUAUAGGGUCAGCACUUAAAGGGAAGGGGGACGUUUGGAAGUAGGGAAACCACAUUGUCCACUGUAACAUGUUGCAAUUAAACAUGGGCA